AUGGCUGUCCGUGGGAAAACUGGACAAUUGUCUGUUUUUAUUAGAGGCAGACACUAUAUUCCUGGUAUCCCCGAAGACGUGCCGGCUGGCUUCGCCGCUAUCUAUGGCUUCGCACCACCGAUCACUAAAGGUAAUGACCACCGUUUCGGUUUCGGCUUCCGUUUCGGGAACCACGCGGAUUUACAAAUACUUUACGAGUUCGGACCUCAGACUGUCACGAAGCCGUUACAAGCUUCUAACAGGAUCCGCUCAACCCCAUACCGUCGCUUCGUGCGCCGGCGCCCAGUUCUGGAGCUGCUGCUGCGAGCUGGACUCAUCAAGAGGAAGUCUUAUGAUUACAAUGUUAUAGACGACUGUGAUGACGAGCCGAGAUAGAGGAUUUACUACAAAUUACUGUAAUACUGAGUUUGAAAGCUGUGUAAAUGGUAUCUUCUUAAAAAUAAUUGAAUAGAUAUUGCAAGAUUAUGGUCUCUUGUAAAUGCCUGUAAAAUAAGUCGAAUCAAGUUAU